AUGACUGAGAGCACGAGGCUCGACAAUAUUGGUCCGGAUUAUACAGAUAAUCCAGCGAGUGAAUCUGAAGAGACUUGCAUGGCGAGGUUGCACUCGCUGCUCACCAAAAGCAGAAGCUCCACCUCCGACCCAUCACCGCCACCAAGGAAGAAAAACCUACGACGCACUCAAAUGGUGCAGAAGGAUUCACAGAACAUCUCAGACGGUCAGAUGCACACUCUUGAUGUGCUGGAUCCCACUCCACCGCACACACCGUCGCGUACUGAUUACGAUCGCGCCGUCAAGCCAUCGCCGCGUCUGACCCGGUCAAAGUGGCGCGCAGCCGCCAUGAUCCAGUACCACCAGAAGGGGCUGGAUAUCAGGAGCCGACAACAACAUAACGACCCCAACAUAUUCCCUUUCCAGGCCCUGCCACCCGAACUUCGCAUGGCCGUAUACUUCGAGCUGCUUGUCACAGAUGACCGCAUCCUCCCCACAUGGCGCGGCGCCCGUAAAGCAACCAAACAGCAAAAGCGGAUGCACAUCAACAUCCUCCUCACCUGCAAGAUGUGUCACGAUGAGGGUUUGCAAGUACUCUAUGGUGAAAACAUCUUCGACUUCGGCGAGAUCUGCAACCGGCCCAACAACUUCUCCAAGCCGUUUGUCGCCCGCAUCGGCCUGCACACCGCGUCGCUUAUCCGCAUUGUAUUCGCCGAGUACUCUGCUGCAUCAGAAGAGCUCUCGCAGUCCGACACAACGCCCGACGCCCGACGUCUCCAUGACUCCAAGCCGACGCAGCUAUCGGUAGCACACCUCCGCACCUUCUUCUCUACAUUCGGCAUCUCGCUGCCCAGCCUGCGCCUCCUCGCCAUCAGCAUCAUGCCCUACGGAAACGAUCAGGCCACCGACGACCUACUGAAACUUGCGGAUCCUGAGGUGCGGAGCGACAUGGAUCUGAGGAUGAAGUGGCUGGAUGCGAAGAACGGGAAGGAGAGACUGGCACAGCUGGUGGACGGAAUUUGUAAGAGGGAGAAGGGUUUGGUGAAAGCGAAUUACUGGACGGAUGUCGAUGGUUGGAUCGGGAUUAGUUUUGCGCCGCCGAGCUCGGGGAGGGAGUGGAUUGUUUAUCAGGGCGUGAGGGGGAAGGAGGGCAAUGUGGUGGACGGGAAGGAAGAAGACGACACUGAAGAGGGAGGUCCCGUUGAGGGAUCGGCUGCUCCAAAGGCUGCCCUUGUCUUGCACAGAGUGUAG